CCUAACAACAGCAUCGUAGCCACCAUCUACCUCCAUAUAUAUAUUUAAUCGAAGGGAAACCUAAAAAAACAUCAAAUCAAAUCAUGGCGACGGCGAAAUACGAUCUGACACCUCGAAUUGCUCCGAAGCUCGACAGGCAUCUGGUGUUUCCGCUGUUGGAAUUCACUCAAGAACGCGAGCUUUACCCAAAAGGUCAAAUCCUUAAAUCUGAGAUCGAGCUUUUGAACAACAGUUGAUUACGCCAUGGAUAUCCACCAAGUCCCUUUACCAUACCGAAGAUGUUCCUCAAGUUGUUCCGAGGCUGUGAGUUCUUACUGGAGAGUAGAGGUAGUGGCAAGAUUGAAGUCUCUGGAGGUGGCAGCGGCUCCAAUUGUCACAUUUUUGCAAAAUCCAAGUGCAGUUCAGGAGUUGAGGGCUGACAAGCAUUAUAACAGAUGCUCAAUGAUCGUUCUCAGAUCUAGAUCUGAAGAGAAUUUGAAAACUCGUCUUUCACCUGAUGACUUGUGGUGGUUCCUCUUGACUGGUGGUGGUUCCUCUGUUGACAACAUCACCAUUACCUAGUCAUUCGACGACUUCUACUAACGUCAUCUCAUUCACCGACAUAAAAAUCGCCACCACCUUUUCUGAUCUAUCACUAGAUCUGUUCAGAUCUCAAUAGAUCUACAUCAGAUAUCACCUGAUCUACAUCAAAUUUGGAAUUGAGGGCCACCAACACAAAUCAGAUAUCGGUCCAGAAAUCACCACCACGAACCACCAGUAAAAACAACUACUGAUGUUGCCGAGAAUAUGAAACCGACCACUGCAUGCUUUACCGUCGCUAGAUUUGGAUUUGAGGUCGGCCACCAAUGAAAAUGAGGUACCUCUUCUUCGAAGGGGAAGGAGCUGGCGCGGUAGCAGUCCAUCAUACACAUGUUUCGUAUUCUGCAUCAUGAGACAUUCCUGGGGAUUUGUACUCUAACAUUUUUAUGUUAUUGAAAUGUUCUUUUUAGACAUGCGAUAUCUUUAUAAGAUGUUAUGACCAGUAAACGUUUUAUUCGAAUGUUUUGCUAAAUAUAGGUUUUCAAAAAUGAAAUUUUUGGCUCGUAUUUUGGGGUGUUACAAGUUGGUAUCAGAGCCCUGGUUUGAGGGAUUCGGACACACCUUCGGGGGGUGUCUGAACUCAAAUCGAGGGAUUAAAAGAUUUUGAAAAAGAAAAUGUUUUCCAAAAGGUUAAGUAAAGUGUUUUAAGAAGGAACGAAGUGUGUGAUGUGCGCGACCGGCCGAGCUCAAGUAAGUAAUCCCCAAUGCACCCAUACAAGUUUAUAUAUGUUUAUCAGUUUCUGUAGAAUAGCAUGCUAGAAUUAGACUAAGGAUAUAGGAGUGAUGCCUUAUGUGCCUGCUUUCUGUGCUUCAGUAUAUGAAAAGUUGCAUGCUAGAAUUGAGUAGACAACAGUAGGGUAGCCUGUUUAGGUUAUUCCUGAUAGUACGAGUUUAUCAUUGUAUGCUAGUCCAGUUUUUCUCUACGAGGAUAGAGCUGCUUGAAAUUGUUUCCUGUAUGUCCAAAUGCUGUUGCUUUGUGCUAUGUGGGCUUUGAAGUGAUGGGAGUUAGUUGUUAGGUGAAUACGUUAAAGUCACAUGUGACCAGGGUUGAAUAAUCUCAGAGUGUUGGAUUUGACCUUAUUGCGUAGCUCUUGUUUGAGUCCUAACCGUGGUAGGGAUGAGUCCCUCACUCGAAGGAUUAUCCGAGCCUCGUCACAUGUGAUUGUAUUAAGGUGAUGGCUAAUUGGCAUCACCAAGAGGCCUUCAGCAGCUGAGGACUGGUUUGGGUGGAGUCAGAGGUUUCCUAGGGUAAGCCUAGGAUAAGAGUAGCAAAGAUCAGCGGUAGUGAAAAGGACUUGGUGGAGUCACGACAGUCCUUGGAGAAGAUACGAAUAGAUGUGGAAGGUAGUAUGGGCCCAUACUACUGAAGGCAGAGGAUCCGUACCCGAAUCGAGGAAUGCCAAGAUAAGACCAGGGAACUUGUAGUAGGUGUGAUCCCUCCAGAGGUAUCAUUAUCACUAACAGUUGUUAUUUCUUUUGUAUUUCAGAAUGGUGGUACUACGUUCGAGGCCAGCAGUUGGCAGUACAGGAGAGGGAUCGGGUUCAUGAUCAGGUUCCGAGCCAGUAGAUGAGGGGCUACGCGAGUUCAUCGCGUCAGAGAUCACCAGAGGCAUCCUUGAGUCGACCCCCAUUAUCUUCGGGUCGAUCAAGGAAGGGAUAUUGGAGAUGAUGGAGGAUCGCCUCCGGGCAUUUAGGAGUGACAUGGCAUUUGGCCAGUCAGGAUCCCGCACACUGUCCUUCAAGGACUUUCGGGGCAGUGGUGCGCCGGAUUUUCAUGGGGCGAAGGACCCCAUAGCUGCCAGACGAUGGAUUGCAGACAUUGAGUCUGCACAGACGAUUAGCUUCUGCCCUGAGGGGUCGAAGGUGAGAUUUACAGCAGGAUGUUUGAGAGAUCGAGCUAGGGAUUGGUGGGAGUCCGUCGGUGACUCGUUGGGAGCCUCGGCUGUCGAGGCGAUGACCUGGUCGGACUUCGUGACCAGGUUCAGGGCAGAGUUUGCGCCGGCUGUCGAGCUUCAACAGCUAGCCAGGGAGUUCCUAGAUAUGAGACAGACGACGGAGACUAUGGCGGAGAUCACCGCCAAGUUCCGGGAGAGGGCAUUAUUAGUGCCCCAGUAUGCGGGUGAUGAGGACAUGAGGAGGACCCGCUACCAUGACAUGCUCCGAGCUGAUAUUCGAGAGCAUGUCAGUUUUUAAUUUUGCCCUACCUUGGACUCUAUGAUUGCCAGGGCGAGGGAGAGAGAGAUAGAUCUGGAGCACGUCCGGAAGAGGAAGACUGAGGAGGGACAGAGAGGAGGGGCUUCGGGGAAGAAGCCCAAGGGAUCAGAUGGUAGGCCGAAAGGCCAGUCAGGACCGAGCCGCUGCAGGAAAUGCGGCAGGCCUCAUGAGGGGGCAUGUAGAUUAGGAUCGUCCGGCUGCUAUAAGUGCGGCAAGACGGGGCAUUUCAGCAGGGAUUGUACCGCCCCUGCACCUGUGAUUCAGACAUCAGAGUUGCUGUGUUUUCACUGCAACCAGAGGGGCCACAAGAAGGCCAAUUGCCCCCAGUUGACAUCAUCAGCACCAGUUAAGGCGCCAGCUCUAGCUACCCUGCGGAUUACGGACGGCCGGUAGGGCAAGGCAGAUGCUCCAGUGGUGAGGAGCCGGGCGUUUUAGCUGACAGCAGAAGAGGCACGCGCCGCACCCGAUGUGGUGACGGGUAUGAUUCUUUCUCUCUAUUUUAUUUUAUGAUGUUAUGUUAUUGAUUUGUGCUCUGUGUAUAUGCAUUAGGAUCGUUCCAUGUGAACGGUAUUUUGGUUCAGGUGUUGUUCGACUCGGUUGCCACCCGAUCAUUUGUUUCCCUUGCGCUUAGCAAGAGGUUUACUGAGUCCUCGGGCAUGUUGGAUUGCCCUUUAGAGGUAGAGAUUGCCGGUGAUCGAUCGGUGCGAGCAUCAACAGUGUUCAGGGAUUGUGUUUUGAGGUUAUUUGAGGAGCGUUAUUUGGUGGAUUUGGUUCCCAUACCGUUGCGGGGGAACAAGGUGAUUAUAGGCAUGGAUUGGUUGAGCCCUAAUGGGGCGGUGAUAGAUUGCGCACAACAGCUAGUGCGGGUCAGGACCCCAAGCGGGGGAGAGUUGGUGAUCCACGGCGAGAGUCCACAGCGUGGACCUAUAGUAUGUUCAGCAGCGAGAGCUAGGCGCUACCUUCAGCAGGGAUGCGCGGGAUAUGUCGCGUAUGUUAUGGAUACCCGGGAGACGGGUAAGGCGACGGUGAGCGAGGUUCCAGUGGUACGAGACUACGCUGAUGUGUUCCCGGAGGAGCUUCCUGCAAUACCUCCGGAGCACCAGGUAGAGUUCAGGAUCGACCUACUUCCUGGUGCGGCUCUGAUAGCCAAGGCACCCUAUUGGUUGGCUCCUCCCGAGAUGCAGGAGUUGUCUACGCAGCUGCAGGAGCUGCUGGACAAGGGAUUUAUUCGUCCGAGCAGUUCGCCCUGGGGAGCCCCGAUCCUAUUUGUGAAGAAGAAGGAUGGGUCGCAUCAGAUGUGUAUAGAUUAUCGGGAGCUGAAUAAGGUAACGGUGAAGAACCAUUACCCACUCCCGAGGAUUGAUGAUCUCUUUGAUCAGUUGAAGGGAACAUCUUGGUUCUCGAAGAUCGAUUUGCGUUCAGGCUAUCAUCAGAUGAGCGUUAGAGAGGAGGAUAUACAGAAGAUCGCGUUUCGGACGCGUUAUGGCCAUUAUGAGUUCGUGGUGAUGCCGUUUGGGCUCACUAAUGCUCCUGCCACGUUCAUGGACCUCAUGAACCGCGUGUGCAGAUCGAUGUUGGAUCGGUCUGUGAUAGUUUUCAUUGAUGACAUCUUGGUUUAUUCCAAGACUCAGGAGGAGCAUGAGGAGCAUCUGAGAGAGGUAUUGGAGACCCCGAGGAGGGAGAGAUUGUACGCCAAGUUCUUCAAAUGUGAGUUUUGGUUGCGCGAGGUGCAGUUUCUUGGGCACCUCGUCAAUCAGAACGGGAUUUCAGUAGACCCGGCCAAGGUGGAGGCCGUGAUGAGGUGGGAGGUUCCGAAGUCUCCAUCCGAGAUUCGGAGUUUCCUAGGAUUGGCAGGCUACUAUCGGAGGUUCAUUCAGGAUUUCUCCAAGAUAGUCGUACCCCUGACACGGUUGACUAGGAAAGCCGUGGUCUUUCGGUGGGGGCCUGAGCAGCAGGCAGCGUUCGAGACUCUGAGGCAGAGAUUGUGCGAGGCACCGAUCUUAGCCCUGCCCGAGGGCAUGGAGGAUUUUGUGGUAUAUUGCGAUGCGUCGAUCUCAGGUUUAGGCGCAGUGUUGAUGCAGAGGGGGCAUGUCAUUGCUUAUGCCUCGAGGUAGCUGAAGCCUCACGAGGCGAACUAUCCGACACACGAUUUAGAGUUGGGGGCGGUGGUCUUUGCCCUCAAGAUUUGGCGACAUUACCUUUACGGGGUUCGUUGUACUAUUUACACGGACCAUAAGAGUUUGAGGUACCUCAUGGAUCAGCCGAAUCUGAACAUGAGGCAGCGUCGGUGGUUGGACGUGGUGAAGGAUUAUGAUUGCGAGAUCCUUUACCACCUGGAGAAGGCCAAUGUGGUGGCCGAUACGCUUAGCCGCAAGGCGGCGCCGAUCAGGGAUGUUUGCAUGAGGAUGACUGUGGUGACUCCCCUGUUGGAGCAGAUUUGGGAGGCUCAACAGGAGGCUAUAAAGGAGGAGCAUCGGAAGAGUGAGAGAAUAGUGGGUCAAGUCACCUCCUUUGAUUAUGAUAGCCGGGGGUUGUUGACACUACACCGUAGGGUGUGGGUGCCGUAUCACGGAGGCGUGCACCAGAUCUUGAUGGAGGAGGCGCACAAAAAUCCCGAUUCUCUAUUCAUCCAGGGGCAACGAAGAUGUAUCGGGAUAUUCGUCUGGACUAUUGGUGGCCCUGCAUGAAGUGGGAUGUGGCGUGGUACGUCGAGCGGUGUUUGACCUGCAGGAAGGUCAAGGCCGAGCAUCAGAGACCGCACGGCAAGAUGCAGCCGUUGGAUAUCCCGUUGUGGAAAUGAGAGGAUAUUACGAUGGAUUUUAUCACGAAGCUUCCACGAACGGCGCGAGGAGUAGAUUCGAUUUGGGUCAUCGUGGAUCGGUUGACCAAGAGCGCCCAUUUUAUUCCGAUUCCGGAGAGUAUCUCGGUCGAAAAGUUGUCUGAUAUCUAUAUCAGGGAGAUAGUGGCGCGACACGGGGUGCCAGUGUUAGUGAUAUCAGAUCGAGAUGUGCGGUUCACUUCCAGGUUUUGGAAGAGGUUUCAUGAUGAGUUGGGCACUCGUCUGCAUUUUAGCACCGCUUUUCACCCGCAGACGUAUGGUCAGAGUGAGCGGACCAUCCAGACUUUGGAGGAUAUGUUGCGGGCGUGCGUGUUAGAUUUUGGUGGUAGCUAGGAUACCUAUCUUCCUUUGGCUGAGUUCUCGUACAACAACAGCUAUCACGCGAGUAUUGAUCGUCCCCCAUUCGAGAUGUUGUACGGUCGGAGGUGCAGGACCCCGAUAUGCUGGGGUGAAGUUGGCCAAAUGGUCAUGGGGAGCACCGAGGUGGUGCUCAAGACGACUGAGAGAAUCCAGCAGGUUCGGAGUAGGCUUCAGACUGCGCAAAGUCGGCAGAAAAGUUACGCCGACAAGCGUCGAUCAGACCUGGAGUUCUAGGUCGGGGAUAUGGUUCUCCUUAAGGUGUCGCCUUGGAAAGACGUCAUUCGAUUCAGGAAGCGGGGCAAGUUGGGCCCGAGAUUCAUUGGACCGUUCAGGGUUGCAGCCCGGGUGGGCAAGGUGGCAUAUAUGCUGGAUCUGCCAUCCGAGCUCAGCCAGAUCCACAACACCUUCCAUGUCUCCUAGCUGCGAAAGUGUCUCGUGGAUGAUUCAGCGGUGGUGCCAUUAGAGGAUAUAUAGGUUGAUGACAGCCUGAAUUACAUUGAGCUCCCAGUCGCAAUUCUCGACUGGAAGUCGAAGGAUCUAAGGAACAAGAGGGUGGAGCUAGUGAAAGUGCAAUGGCAGCACCGCAAGGGUUCGGAAUGGACUUGGGAACCGGUGGAAGAAAUGAUGGAGCAUUACCCCGAGCUGUUUCAGGAUCGAGCGGCAGACUUCGAGGACGAAGUCUAAAAUAAGUGGGGGAGAUUUGUAGCACCUGGUUCCUGGUACGUAAAAUUUAUCCUAGUAAUUGUCAUUUUAGCCUUGGACUCGACGAGUUGUAGGUCCAACUCGCCGAGUAGGGACGCGGUCCGGGGGCACGUUUAAGUUGGCGACUCGGCGAGUCACCGCUGUCUGUUGAAACCCUAAAUUUCAAGGGUUUGCACCCUAUUUAAACACUCAUUUCCGCCCCAACCUCGCUCCCAUUCACCCUCAGAGCUCCCUACAUCGUCUUUGCCCUUUUCCUUGUGAGAUUGAAGUGUUUUGGGUGUGUUCUUGAAGUUUUUGAGGAGAAAGAGGAGUAGAUCAAGAAGAGGAGAAGGAGGCCAAGCAUUUUUGUGACAUCUCAACGUUUUCCUUGAGGUAUAGCUCGUUUCCCCUCUGUUUUCAAGCUUGUAGUCCCUAAUAGCUUCAUGAAAGUCCUUUUUGAGCCAUUCUUCAAGCUUGUUUGUGCUUGGUGGGUUGUAAUAAGUUGUUAGCCUUUAGAUCUAGGCAUGAUUUAGUCCCUGGAGCUUGGAUCUACUGCCUUUAUGGAGUCAUAUUGCAUGAAAGUCCUAGAUCUACCCCUUUUGGUGCACUUUGAGCCCUAAAACCUUCAUUGGUGAUUAUCUACACGUAAAGUUGGAAACUUUACGUGUAAACCAGGCCCUAGGAACCCAGAUCUACGAAUGACAUGGAUUGGAUUCAAGCAAAACCGCAUGUAUAGUUUUUGCAUGAGGCAGACUCGGCGAGUCGUUCAUCAGACUCGGCGAGUCGGGUCGCGAGUCCCCGGGUUGUUCCCCUUUUGUGUUGCGAGUUGGCGUGGUGAGUCAUAGGGUAUGACUCAGUGGGUUGGAAGUCAGACUCACUCAUGAAGUCACUCGGCGAGUCAUUGCAACGACUCGGCGAGUUCACAACAAUCUCCUUGUCUCAAGAACAACUCGGCGAGUUGUUCAUACAACUCGGCAAGUCACAACUUAGAGUGUUCUUCGGAUGAAGAUGAACUCGGCAAGUUGCUCAUACAACUCGGCGAGUAGGAUGAAUGACUAUUGGCCUUGGGUAUAGAAGGAAGACUCGUCAAGUCUACGCUUAACUCGACGAGUAGAGACGGACUUAUGGUCAGACUAAAGGAAAGGGACUCGGCGAGUUGGCUAGCCCACUCGGCGAGUCUGGUCAACUGGCAGUUGACUGUGACUUGACUCAUGACUUGUUAAGGGUAAAUGGACAAUUUACCCUGAGGGCGGUUAGCAGUAAUUGAUUAAGUGUUUGGUGGGAAUUACAAUCGGAGGAUUUCCGAAGCAGCAGCAGCCGCAGCAGACAUACCUUUCCCACACAGAUCAGCAGCUACUUCGAGGUGAGUUACCUUCCAGUAGCGGUGGGUCUAAGGCCACAAUGCCGGCCCACCAGUAGGAAAUGUAUGGUAGAUGAUUGUCUUUGUGAUAUCAUCUAGGUUUGCUACUACCUGAUAUGUUAUAUGCUAGCAUGAUAUGUUACAUGUGAUAGUAAUAGAGUUCGGUAGUUAGGACCGAAGGGUAGUCAGACACCCCAGAUACGUCUGACAGUAUAUGAUGAUAUGUUUGCAUGCUGGAUUUUUACGUUAUAUGCGAUAGAGGUAGUAGGAGGGGACUAGUCCCCGAGGUUCGGUCGUCAGGACCGAAGGGUAGUCAGCACCCCAGAACGGCGUGACAUGGGUAGUCAGCACCCCAGAACGGCUUGACACGGGUAGGCCGGCUCCCCAGAAUAGCCGCACCGGGUAGGUCGGGCACCCCAGAAAUGCCCGACAAUAUGUAUGAUAUGUGAUUGUAUGAUAUGCGGUACGAUGGGGGAACUCACUAAGCUUCGUGCUUACAGUUUUCAUUUUUGGUUUCAGGUACCUCUUCUUCGAAGGGGAAGGAGCUGGCGCGGUAGCAGCUCAUCACACACAUGUUUCAUAUUCCGCAUCAUGAGACCUUCCUGGGGAUUUGUACUCUGACAUUUUUAUGUUAUUGAAAUGUUCUUUUUAGACAUGCGAUAUCUUUAUAAGAUGUUAUGACCAGUAAACGUUUUAUUCGAAUGUUUUGCUAAAUAUAUGUUUUCAAAAAUGAAAUUUUUGGCUCGUAUUUUGGGGUGUUACACCGGGGACUAGUUCACCCCUACCACUAUCACAUAAUAACAUAUCAUAAGCAUAUUGAUCACAUACUAACAUAUCAUAAACAUACUGAUCACAUACUAACAUAUCAUAAACAUACUGAUCACAUACUAACAUAUCAUAAACAGACAAAUAAGCAUGCAUGGGUUCUGUAUACCCCUUCAGUAUCUUUCAACCGGUAACUGCCAUCGAUAUCUUUCAACCGGUAACCGCCAUCAGUAUCUUUCAACCGGUAACCAACAAAUAUAUCAUUAAGUAAUCAUAAUCAUAUUGCUAGGCAUGUACGGAAACUAUCUACCCCUUCAAUAUCUUUCAACCAAUAUCUAACUAAUAUAUCAUCACAUAAUCAUAGCAUCCUAGCAAAUAACACAUCAAAUAAGAGCAAACCAGAUAAUUAUCACAAAGACAAUCAUCUCAUAAACACCUCCUAUUGGUGGGCCGGCAUUGUGGCCUUAGACCCACCCUUGCGGGAAGGUAACUCACCUCACACUGCUGAAGUCCCGCUGACUCAACCCCAGCUGCUGGAUGACAGAUUCUCGAACUGUUAACACUAAAAUAACAACCAAUUAAUAAUUGGGUUCCAAUACAUAACCAUAAGUACAUACUUUGGAUAAUCACUACAUUACCCCCUUGUUUGGCUUUAUUCAAGCCCAAGGCCCAAUCCAUAGGCCCAAAGUCAAAAUAGGAAUCAAGGCCCCACAUAUGACCCAAUUUUCCAAAUUGGGCCCAACCUUUAAAAGGUCUUACCCUAAGGCCCAACCAUUAAUCCCAGCCCAAACAAUUAGCAUUUCAUGGCCCAAUGUCUCAUAAUCAUCUAGGCCCAACUAUGGCCCAUCUAUGGCCUAAUUUUCCAAAUUGGGCCCAACCCCUCAUAUAGGUCUUACCCUAAAGCCCAUUAAUUGUUCUAGUCCAUUUGCUUGAUCUUGGAUGGCCCAUUAGUAACCCAAUCAUUAAGGCCCAAUUGAAAGGCCCAAUAGUACACCCAAGUGAAAUUAGGGUUUUCACAUAAAAUGAUGAUUAGGGUUAAGUCUUCUCAGUUAACCCAUUAAGGACUUAAUCCAUUAAGGGUUUAAUCCAUUAAGUUCAAUAUUACUUAGAUUAAUUUUUUGCU